AUGUGUGAGGGAGUGAGAGGUCUCUCAGCAGCGAAACUGCUGACUGAGUCAGGCUUGAAUGUGGUGUUGCUGGAAGCCAAUGACAGGGUUGGUGGAAGAACUUUCACCGUAAGGAAUAAGCAAGUCAAGUAUGUGGACCUUGGAGGAGCCUACGUGGGGCCAACACAAAAUCGUCUCCUGCGGUUAUCUAAAGAGUUAGGAAUAGAGACGUAUAAAGUGAAUGAAGUUGAGCACCUGAUACACCAUGUCAAGGGUAAGUCUUACCCCUUUAAAGGUCCAUUCCCUCCUAUGUGGAAUCCAUUGGCCUACCUGGACUACAACAACCUAUGGAGGACGAUGGAUGAAAUGGGAAAGGAGAUUCCCAGUGAAGCCCCGUGGAAAGCUCCACAUGCAGAAGAAUGGGACAAAAUGACUAUGCAAGAUUUCAUAGAUAAAAUUUGCUGGACAAAUGCUGCCAAGAGUUUUGCAACUCUGUUUGUGAAUGUGGAUGUCACUUCUGAACCCCAUGAGGUCUCUGCCCUUUGGUUUCUGUGGUACGUGAAGCAGUGUGGGGGGACAACAAGGAUAUUCUCAACAACCAACGGAGGGCAGGAGAGGAAGUUUGUUGGGGGCUCUGGCCAGAUCAGUGAGAAAAUAAUGGAGCACCUGGGAGGCCGCGUGAAGCUGAGGAAGCCAGUCAUCCGCAUUGACCAGUCGGGUGAAAGUGUCAUAGUGGAAACCUUAGAUCAUGAAUUAUAUGAGAGCAAAUAUGUGAUCAGUGCCAUUCCACCAGCUCUUGGUUUGAAGAUUCAUUUCAACCCACCUUUGCCGCCAAUGAGAAACCAGCUCAUCAACCGAAUCCCCAUGGGCUCAGUCAUCAAGUGCAUUGUGUACUAUAAGGAAACUUUCUGGAGAAAGAAGGGGUAUUGUGGUACCAUGAUCAUUGAAGAUGAGGAUGCUGCAAUUGGUUUAACACUUGAUGAUACUAAGCCUGAUGGCAGCUUUCCUGCCAUAAUAGGCUUCAUUCUUGCUCGGAAGUGUAGAAGACUGACAGGUCUCACAAAAGAAGAAAGGAAGACAAGGCUGUGUGAGCUCUAUGCAAGGGUUCUGGGAUCAGAGGAAGCUUUACAUCCUGUGCAUUAUGAAGAGAAGAACUGGUGUGAAGAGCAAUAUUCUGGCGGCUGCUACACAGCCUACUUCCCACCAGGCAUAAUGACGCAGUAUGGAAGGAUUAUUCGGCAGCCUGUUGGCAGGAUCUAUUUUGCUGGCACAGAGACAGCCACAGAGUGGAGCGGGUACAUGGAGGGGGCUGUACAGGCUGGAGAAAGAGCAGCCAGAGAGAUACUGUUUGCUAUGAGGAAAAUCCCAGACAGUGAAAUUUGGAAGCCAGAACCUGAAUCAAUUGAUGUUCCAGCUUUGCCCAUCACUACAACCUUCUGGGAGAGGAACUUGCCGUCUGUGCCGGGACUGCUAAAGCUGAUUGGAUUUUCUACUUUCUUCACCUCUGUGGCUGCGGCUGGGUUAUUUGCCUACAGAAAGGGACUCCUAGUUCGAAACUGAAAAAGGUGCCAACGCAAAGCCUCACACUUGAGUGAUUUUUCUUUUUUUUGGAGUUUUUUUUGGCAUGUACUUCCCUGUCUCCAAAAUCAGAUCAGGACUGGGGAGGACAAGAAAAGAGUAGAGAGAAGAGGCUGGAGGGGAGGGAUAAAGGAAGGGGAUCUGUAUUGAAAAAGAACCCCUUGAAUCCCAGGCUUGCUUCUAGCAGUAACUUUUCGGUUGUUGAAUUUCUAGGAUACCCUGCCAAGCGUUAUCACCUUGAGGUUUUUAUCCAGAUUUCAGAACAGAAAUGAAAAAAAUACCUCUGUAAAGCCUGUUCUGAUGAGAUUUCCAGUUGUUUUUACACUUCUAUCUGAACCGGACCCUGAACUCCAAGUCUUCACAGGCACUUCCAUCUCUAGUUGUAAACAAACGAUUUCUCCCUUCCUGUGUGGUAGACUGAGAAAAGAAAUCCAUAGCUUAAAGAAAAAUUAACUAGUUCAUGCAAAUUGCUGGUAAGGAUCUUUUUAAUGGUUUUAUUUUUCACCCAAAUGUCCAGAGCCCAGGCAGCACCUAAGGGACAAGUCAGGCUAAAUUUAUCCGUCCGAACUAUGCAAGUGUGGCCACAGGUUGUUGGCAUUUCCAGUGGCAUACUUGUCUUACAGUGAGUUGAAGGACAGUGUUUGUACUGCCUUUGGCAAUGUGGUUGAAUUUCAGGCUCCCCAGCUGCGUUCACGCUGCCUGGAACGGCAGAGCUCGUGUGUCCCAGUCGAGUCUGUCCCUCUGCGGGAUCAGAUCUCCUCUGCCUAGAAAACUGGCAGGCUCCAGGCUAUAACUGAUGUGUACAGCAGUAUGGCAGAUCAGGCUGUUGGACCUGAGUGUGAAUGGGGAACCUUGUGCUAAUGUACAGACACAGCCUUUCAAACCUUUCUCACCCUGUCUGACAUCUCUUUGCCUCCGAGGU